CUAUAACUCCUAGAUUCUUUUAAUUUACGAACGGUUGGGCUUCCUUUGGUGAGAGGCGGGGAGACUGGGGGCGAGAGAAAAAAGAGGAGGAGUUGCCUGCCGAAACUGAACGUUAGUGUGUGGACCGAGCUCUUCACCCUGUGGACUUUGCUCUGCACCCGGGGUACCCCAGGGAUAGUUUUCGUACUAUAUAUUUUAGAGGGGUCCACUUAGUAUUUCACACGUAACUCAACAUGGCGAGUAACAACACUUCUUCUUCUUCGAAAAUACCGAGACCGAGAUACGUCAAAAGUAAAAUACCUGUUAUGACUUGUGAGUACAAAGCAACACUUAAAAAAGUAAAACAAAAACACAUUGAGAUCGAGCAAAAGGAGGCUGAAGUUAUAGCUUUAAUGAAAGAGAAGUCGAGCAUCGUUGAAAGCAUGUCAAAAGUGUCACUUGAUGGUGAGCCAAAACGCGAUACAUGUGUUUCUGGCCCUAAAUAUUCAACAAGCGAAAUCAGGAGUAUUAUACGCACUCCUGGAGGAACAAAAAGGAAAGGUAAGUUUCUUUUGAAUCCUUAUACUGAAUCGCACACCAGCUUAUUAAGCUAUCUUCUAAAUGUGACAGUUCGACCGUCACACGUUAAUUUUCAGAAGACUCUGAGUGAAUUUCUUGARGAAAAUGUGAAGUCAUCUUCUCAAAACCUGGAUGUUGAAGAACUUUUGAAAAGGUUGGAAAUUUGCGAGGCGACCCACGCGAUGCCGAAGACACAAUUGCUGAACGAAGUUUCGAAGGCCCUGAAGAAGAGUGUCUGCUAUCGGGGAAAAAAGAAAGAAGCGUAUUACAAGGGAUUAGAGCUCGUAUGUGUGGAUCAAUUCAAGUCACGAGUCGAUAAUCAAGUCUCAGUUUCAAAUCAAGGAAUAGGUACUUCCCCUGCAAGCAAGAUACYUAGAGCAAAACUUGGAUCAAUUAAUAAGUCAGCACUGUCACCUUCAUGUGAAUCCUUUAAAGAAAGCAAUAAACAAGAUAAUGUAUCAGACUGUAGAACAAGACUCACAUUUGAAGACUCAAGCAGUAAUUUACAUGAGGAUAUGCAAAAACUAGAAUCUACUUCAAGGUUGUCAAAAGCUACAGAGUCUAGUACUUCCUUAUGUACAGAUAAACAAGCAGAAUCUACAUCGACCCUUCCAAAACAAACACACUCAAGCACUUCUGUAUAUGAAGGGCUAGGAUUGGCCUCUAUGAAAGAGCAAGAUUUGGUGAGAGAGCAGUUUAGAGUAUUCUACAAUAUGAUGUUAAAAGUACAUACAAUGGCAACAACUGAACUUGAGGAUGAUUUAGAAGAAUGUCAAUCAUCCAAUAGGAAUUUAUUGGGUAUUGUCGCAUCAAUGGAAAAAUCACUUCAAGACUAUAUUAGAGUGACAUCAGAAAUUAUAAGUAAUCAAAAAGAUGUUAUUGACAUGUACAAGGACAUAACUCAAACUGGAAAACUGUUUGGCGGUCUACUCUCCCUUUCUGAGACAAAAGCAAUAAAAGAAGAAAUUUCUAAAGCAAAACAGAUAUUUAAUCUUGGCAUAAGAUCAAAAGAACUUGUGGACAUGAGAAAAAUUAUUAAUCCCGGUAUUUUCAAUAGACUACUUGAAAACCUUAAAGCAGAGUGCCCAACCAUUACAAAUAUUUUGGAAGUACUUAUUUUAUCACCUAAUGCAAGCAGGAACACCAAAAAAACUCCUUUAUUCAAGCUGAAAGCUGGCCUUCACUUGUUGGCAUCAAUUAUGGAUGUCAGAGAUCAGAAUGGCAAAAAUGACAUACCUCUGCUGUUUGGUCUGUUAUGCCUAUGUUAUGGUGCAGGUCCUCAAAUGAUUGAACUGAUGCAACAUCUUGGUCUCUCAGAAUCACACCAUGUUCUUUGCAAUGUUUUGAUGAAGCAACUUCUUCACUACAAGGAACUUAUCAACCAAAGAUGCAGUGCAGACAGUCCCAUUGUCACUUAUCAAGACAACAUGCAACUCAUGAGGACUUCAAUGCGUCACCUUCGUUUAUCCAAGUUGCAGAAAGAAAAAAUUAAACAGGGUAAAAUGUGGGACUUCACUGUACGAGGAUGGAGAUUGGCUGACACCUGUGGUAUUGAGGACCUGUUUAAGGAACCUUCCACAGCAACUGAACCACAGAAAGAUGUAGCUACUCUUAAAUACAAAGAUACCAAAAUAGAAAGCAACCCUGUGCAUCUAAAGAAGUUUGAGGACUUCAAAGACCGCGAUCUUCUAAGAAAACUGGAUAUUGCCCUUAACAAAGUGACUAUUAAUGGGGGUGAACUUAAGGAUGCAGACAUUGGUCAACUGAAGCAAAUAUCCAACUGUGAGUCCCACAAAGGCAAAAAAACCGAAAUACAUUAUAAAAAUCCCAGAGGUGCCUAUUGAAUUUCCCCAUCUGGCCGAAGUCCCCUCAAAGAUCUAUCCACUCCCAAUCAGCCAAGAAAAUCAAUGCAAGACCUUAGGAAUGGGGAGGAAUUUAGAUUUGUUUACUGAAGAAUUUGGCUUUGAUAUUGAAAAAAAGAAAAAAUUUCUUCCACUUAAGAAAUCCAAACKAGAAUUUGAUCUGGAGCUUGGAUACACACGUUUUUCAUUUCUCAAAGCUAUGGACAGACAUAAAGAGCAACAACAAGUUUUAGAAAGUACUCUGAGAGGCAAUGGAUUGUUGGACAAUGAAAACACAGAACAACUUGUUCUUGUGGAUGCAGAUUUGUCCGAAAGUGAUAGUGACAAUGAAACAUAAGUUAAUUAAUAAGCUUACAGAGAAAUGUUGAGUUGGUUUGGUAUUACUGGUGGAAUGUCUCUUAGUGAAAUAUAAGUUAAUGCAAUGUAGUCUAUUCUCAGUAACUUAUUUCAACACAAUGUUGCAUUGUGUCCUCGAGCUUUGUCUGAAAUACUUACGUAUUUCAUGUUUGUAUGAAAUAAAGUUAAUUUUAUUACCUG